GUGCGGGACAUGGCACCAUGGAGCGCGGCUGGGCACCGCCGCUGCAUUGGAGGGGGCCCUGGAUCCUCUGCCUGCUGCCGGCGCUGGUGGGGGGUCAACCGCUGGAGGCCGGGGACGUGGCUUACAAGGAGCAGACAGUGACGGGGGUACGGGGCCGGGCCGUGGAGCUGAGCUGCGGGCCGGCAGCGGCAGCAGCGGCGCCGGCGGUGGUCUUCUGGAGUUUCACGGGCUCGGGACCGCCAAGGGCAGUGGCGGUGGGCUCGGGCGGGGAGGUGGUGGUGGCCCCCGGCACAGGAAUGCUGGGACGGGUGACCCUGCGCAACGGGACGCUGGAGCUGCGGGAGCUGCGGGCAGCCGCCCAGGGCCGCUUCCUCUGCCAGGGGCUCUUCCCGGAGCGGGGACGGCUCCGCGUCGGCUACGCCACCGUCCUCCUGCGCGUCCUGGUGCCCGUUUCCAAGCCCUUCGUGCGGCCGACGGCGGCGGUGGCGCCAGAGGGGGCGGCGGUGGCCCUGACGUGCGCCAUACGGGAGGGAACGGAGCCGCUGAGCUUCUCCUGGCAGCACCGGGAGCCCCGGGGGGGUCCCUCAGCAUCCCCCGCAGGGCUGGGGGGCUCCGGGGCAGAGCUGCGCCUGACGCCCGCCAACCGCAGCCACGCUGGCUGGUACGCCUGCACCGUGCACAACGAGGUCAACAACCAUACCAGCGAGCCCGUCUACCUGGACAUCGUCUACGGCCCCGAUGAGCCAGCCAUCAGCAUGGAGCCCUUCUCCCCCGAGCAGGGGGGCUUCUCGGCGGGCGAGCGGGAGGACGUGGUGCUGAGCUGCCUGGCUCCCUCCAACCCCCCCAGCCGCUACGUCUGGCUCCACAACGGUUCCCAGGUCCACACCGGCCAGACCUACAUCAUCGCCGCCAUCGCCCGCGCCCAGGCGGGCACCUACACUUGCCUGGCCGAAAACACCCACCUCCAUACCCGCACCCAGGCCACCAUCGUCCUCACUGUCUACUAUCCACCAGCCGGGAGCCCCAGCUGCUCUGCCCUAGCCACCGGUGACCUGCGGGACGUGGCCCUGCGGUGCCGCUGGCUGGGGGGCUUCCCCCCGGCACGGCUGCGCUGGGUGGGCCCCCAGGAGGAGGAGGAGGAGGAGGAAGAGGGGGUGAUGGGGAGCAGUUUUUCCAUGGCCGCCAGCAUCCAGCCAGGGGCGGCCACCAGGAACGGCAGCUCCUUCUCCUGCCUGGCCUCCCACCCCGCGCUGCCGCAGGGGGCUGCCUGUGGGACCACCCUCUGGGUCCCGGCCGGUGGCCCCUCCUGCGCGGCAGCGGCCACCAAGGGCGAUGAGUACGUGAUGCUGCGGUGCCAGUGGGAGGGGGGAACGCCGCCGGUCACCCUGCGCUGGCACGACGGCGGGGGCCGGGCGGUGGGAGACCCCGCGCCCUCCGCCACCGUCCUGGUGCUGAGCGCCGACGGCAGCUUGGGGGGCCGGGAGUUCGUCUGCGCAGCUGCCCACCCGCUACGGGCCGCUGGCGCCGAGUGCCGCCUGCGGCUGGGUAAGCCGGAUCCGUCCCCACGUGCCCUCCCUGUGCCGCAGUGGCGUCGCGCGUCCCCGCCACUCCGUCCCCCCGCUUCUUGCCGCGCAGAGGUCCCCGAACUUGAGGCGGAGAGGAGCGAGGUGGCAGUGCUGGAGGGCAGCGAGGUGCGGUUGGCGUGCCGGCAACGCGGCGGCAGCGGCGGUGCUGAUCUCGGCGCCGCCGUAGCUUGGUACGAUGCCAAGGAGCAGGAGGUGACGCCAGGGUUGGCCAAGUAUUGGUUAGAGCGGGGAGAAGCGUGGGUCAACCUCACCAUCCGGGAUGCCGAGUGGCCGGGAGACGGCGGGAUCUACCGCUGUGCCGCGGCCAAUGCCGUGGGCAGUGCCAGCCUCCCCGUCCGCCUCCGCGUGGACCGGUACCCGGCCCCCCCCAACGUCACCAUCAGCAAGCUGCGGUACACGCGGGCGCGCACCGAGGUGUGGCUGGAGUGGCGGACGCAGGGCACCGGCAACCUCACCGGCUUCGUGGUGCAGCAGCGCCAAGCUAAGAAACCCCCCCGCCGUGUGCCCGGCCCCUGGGAAACUGCCGCUGGCGACAUCGAGCCCCACUCCCGCGACUGGCGCCUGGGGGGGCUGGACCCGGCUGUAGUCUACGCCUUCCGUGUCCUGGCCGUCAACCACCGGACAGCCGGGCACCCCUCCGAGGUGCAGACGCCAGCCGAGCCUCCCUUCGAGGCCUACCCAGCAGUGAUGGGGGCAGCAGCGGCAGGGAUGCUGGUGGCCACCGUGGCAUCGUUCCUAGCCGUGCGCUGCGUUGCCUGCCACCGGGACGCCCUCCCACGGCUGCACGACCUGCUCUUCCGCACGGCCGGUCCUGGUGCCCAGGAGCCCAUCGGCACGCCAGAGGAUGCUGAAACAGCCGCAAGCAGGGAGGACGGAGCAGCACCGGCACCAGAAGAGCUGGCUGCCCCCGGCGCAGCAGCAGAGCCACUCUCGGCACCGCCGGACACCACCGAUGACCAGCCGGUUAACGUCACCAUCACCGUGACAGCGACGCCAUAACCUCUGUUUCCAUUUUCUCCCCUUGUUUCACAUCCCGGGACCGUGGCGCUAGCCCAUGCCGCAUCCCGCUUGUCCCUUCAUAUUAAUAAAGCCAGGAAGGGUGGACGCGUCUCCCAAGCCUCGGCUCCUACGGUGCUGCCGAAGUCAAAACUCAGCAGCUGGAAAAAUAUCCGCGAUCCAGACCCGGCACAAAAAUUUGGGGCUGGUGGCAAAGGGGUUUUGCUUCUUUAAAAUAUUUAAAAAGGGUUUUCUAACCCCAAAAAAGUACGGAGGACCGUUGAAAUCAUGAUAUAGCCCAGGCAGUAAGAAAUGGGGGAGGCUUCGCCAAAAAGCUCACACCAGGUUUUACCCAUGGCUAUAAAAAGCAGCACAGCCCAAGCAUGAGGAUGAGCCUGCUGGCACCUCACAAAAGCCCCUCCAGCUCAGCUUCGAGACUUCAGUUACUUCUGGAGUUAAAAUAAACUUUUAGGCUAAAAUAAAUAUUUUCUCACUGACGGGAAAAAGCCCAAGGGCCAAAGCUCCGCUCUCAGCCCAAGGGCUUGCAUCGGCUGCGGUCGUGGAUGCUGUUUUGGGACCAUGCUGAAUUUUAUGCGGUGCGAAGAAAGGACAAAGCUGUGGUGGGGUGGGGAAGGAGUCCUCGUCUUUCACCCCAAACUCCCCAUUUUCAGGCCAAACCGCAGGAUAUUAAAAAUAGCGAUUAGUGAUGGUUUUUCCCCAUGUUGGUGCAAGCAGUGAGGGACGUGGGGACCAAGGAAAGGGUCAAGCGGUCCCUAGCUUUCCCUGGCCCUCGUCUUCUUGUGUACAUGACAAACGAGAGUGUCUCUGGCCGUUUUCUCCUGUAUUUGGUUAAUAACCUGUUGGGAAGUAUCGAGUGAUGAGAACCAACCCUCACUUCAGUGCUCGUGGAGUAUCAAUCCCCUCUCCUGCCAUUAAAGCAGCAUCACACUCUCUAUCAAACCACCCCCCAAAAAAACCACCCUGCCCCAAUCCCCUGCAAAAUCAGCAU